AUGAGAACUUCUAAGGAGGGUGAAGGAGUGGUUGGAAGCAAAAGGAGGUUGCAAUUAAACCAGGUUCUUGAAUUGGAUGGGGAGGAAGAGUUGUUGGAUGAUGUAGGGGAAUAUUGUAGUGAUGAUGGGUUUGACGAAGAUGAUGGGGUAGGUGAUGGUGUAGAGUCUGAAGAUGGUGGAGUUGAGGAGGUAGAAGUUGGUGAAGAACGUUGGGAAGAUGACGAGGAUGAUGUUGUGGAUGAUUAUGAUGAAGCAUUAGAUGAAGGAGAUGAAUUAGAUGAAGAAUUGUGUAUUGAAAAUGAUGAUGACCUGAAUGAGGUUAAUGAGGUUAAUGAUGAUAAUUAUGAUGAAUCCGGAGAAAUGGGAGUGGGGCGAAACACUACUUGUAUGGAGGAUGGAGACAUUGGAUGCCCUGGUGAUGGAGAUGGGGUUUCAACCAUUAACGCAGAUUUGUAUACAACUCCUACGAAGCGGAACAAAGGUCCCGUUCUACCGACCCCUUCUGUUGGAAUGUCUUUUGCUAAUUGGGAAGCAUUGAAUAACUAUUUUCGAUCCUAUGGGGAGCAACAAGGUUUUGGUGUAGUGUGUAUGGGAGGGAAUAAGAGCGGGGUGAAAGACAGUGAAACGGGAAAAUCGAAUUCCCUGAGGACCUAUGUUUGGCGGUGUGAGUGUCAUGGAAGGCCAAAAUACCGGCGGAUGGUGAAUGGCAGGGUAGUUACCUGCGCAGAGGAACCAAUUCUUAAGAGGAAGACGAAGAAGUGUAGUUGCCCUGUUAUGCUAUAUGGGGCUCGGACCAAAGAGAAUUUAUGGGUUGUGAAGAGUGUUGUUACUGAACAUUUGAACCACAUUCCCACUCCUACCAAGUCCAACCAUAUUUCCAUGUUCCGGGUCAGGAAAAUUACUCAGACAAUCCUGAAACAGAUUGAAAAUGAUCACGAUUCAGGUGCACCUGUGGCUCAGAUUUUCAAUAACUUAGCGGGAAGAAGGAAUGGUGUAGAGAAUAUUGGUUUUACGAAAAAAGACGUGCAUAAUAUUUUGAAUAGGAGGAUGCGAUUAAGGCUACGAGAUGGGGAUGCUGUUGCGAUGAUAAAUUAUUUAGAUAAAAUGACAAAGGAUAAUCAAAAUUUUUUCCAUCUGCACCGGCUUGAUAAAACAGGGAAGUUGCAGGAUGUAAUGUGGGUUGAUGCUCGUAGCAGAGCCGCGUAUGAGUACUUUGGGGAUGUGGUUUGUUUUGACUCCACGUACUUGACAAACAAGUAUGAGUUGCCAUUUUCGAACUUUGUUGGGGUGAAUCACCAUGGGCAAACAAUUUUGCUUGGAUGUGCAUUAGUGUCUCAUGAAACCGCGGAAACAAGUUCAACCGAAAAUUGGGUUCGAUGA